AUGUUUGGGAGCAUUCCCGGGUAUGAGGGGACCGUAUCCGGAGAGGGAGCUGCCCCUCAGCCGAAGUGGAGUGUCUCCCAGAUCUCCGAGGCUGAGGCGCGGGCAGCUCUGUGUGACUACGUCUCCAGUAAGUGUUGCUACAGCAACGAGCCAGCCAGGGAGAGUGUGAUCACCGACAUGGAGUCCUUCCACACCUACAGGUAUCGGCUGGAAACCUUCACAGAGUCCAGAUCAACAGCAUGGGCUGAAGAGCCAUUCACUGGCCAGCGGGUGGACGCCUUCACUCAACCCGCCCCGGCACCCUGGGAUGUGCACGUCAAGGCCCCCCCCAUGUUCCAGGACAGCAAGACCACCGUCGAGGUGCCCCACACCUCAUCUGUCAAGCCCUGCCCCCCAUGUGUGGGAAUGGGAAGGCAUCCCUGUAAAGACUGCAGCAGCACCGGCAGGAAAAUGUGCUGGAGCUGCAGCGGCUCUGGCUUUCCUCAGGGUUCACAGUGCCUGCAGUGCAACGGAAGCGGGAGGAUAAGCUGCACUCAGUGUGGUGGCAGCGGAUCAAAGGACUGCAAGAAGUGUGGAGGAAAAGGACAGCUGCUGAUCUGCAUCAAGCUCACAGUCAAAUGGACCAAUAAUCUUGAGGACUAUGUUCAGGAGCAGUCAAGUGGUUUGCAAGUGGAGAAGCUGAAAAAAGUGUCAGGGAAGCAGCUCUUCAGAGAUGCCCAGUUUCUGGUGUACCCUGUGAUGGGGUUCCCUGACCCGGCCAUGGCGCAGGCAGCCGAGCGCCUGAUCAGGGAUCACCAGAGUCGCCUCUCCAAGACGGGACGAAUCCUGCAGCAGCGUCAGACCAUUGAAUUGGUUCCCAUCACCAAAGUGUCGUAUAAGUGGAAAGAAGGCUUCUACACUUACUUCGUGUACGGAACAGAGAACGCAGUCAAAGCAGAGGACUACCCUGCCACCUGCUGCUGCUGCACUGUCAUAUAG